AUGGAUACCAUCUUAGUCUUCAGCCUAAUCAUUUCAUCUUAUGAUUCCAACAAGAAAGAUAAAUACUUCUCUAGGCUACAAGUGGAGCAGCUGCUUGAGCUUUUCCCAAAGGAUGUGAGAAGCAUCAGGAAUUUGUUAAUGCAAGAAACUCACUCAGAAGCCAAAAGAGCCACAUCUAUCCAUAAUCAGACUAUGGCUAUCCUGCAGUGCCUUGGCUCUGGGAGCAAAGUGAAAGUCAAUCUUCUAUAUUCAGAGAGAAGGCCAGAGGUCAAGCAUAUUCUGAAGAACCUGAGAGCCAUUGCUAAUCCCCAAAGAAAUAGCUCUGCCUCUCCAAACUGUCACUUAACCGCUACAUCCAAGUUUCAGACUGAAUAUCUUCCAACAGGCAAAGUUUUUCUACCAGGGAUUUCCCACUGUAAGGUCUACUCAGUGAUGAAGGCUUCAUCAGACACUUUUACCAUCACUACCACAUCUACAAUUCCUGAGAAUAAAGGAGAGACAACUACAAGUACUGACACAGACAAGAACCUAGAGAUGAGGCAGAAAUGGAGAAUUGUGGUCAAAGUUCUGACUGCUGCUACAUUGUUGCUCAGUGCUGCCAUUAUAGUAUUUGUCAUUUUUGAAGUCCCAUGCCCUAGUUGGUGCCAAAAGGCCAGAAGGCUGUGCCAAUGCCAACAGUUAUGAAAAAUAAAAAAGAAGGAAGGAGACCAGCAGUCUGGGAUAGAUGAACCCCAGCUUGCCCCACAGCCUAAAAAGGGAAGUGUUCUCUUUGGACAAGAUGUUCCUAAGUCAUCAAACUCAAAGAAAGCUACAGGGAUCAUUGUUAUCCACCAGACAUACUUCUGA